AUGAGCAACGUGUUUGGUGCUUUUGAAUUUGCUCAUUCACACUUGAAUCACAUGGCGGGAAUAUGGAAGAAGAAAAAGUCAAAACAGCCUUCGCCCGAAACAACAGAUUCUGCAUCACAAAAAAUUGGUUAUUCUGGAUCACAACAAACGCACUAUAAUACGCAAUCACCAAGGCAGGAGACUUUAAUUCAUUCAAGGAACCCCUCUCGCGACACCACUACCUCGAAUGCUGGCACCUUUAGUACAAAUGUGGUUCGAGGUGAAAUACAAAGCUGGAUGGGUUAUUACAGAGAAACCUUCGGUGGAAAAAAUGAUAUACCACGACCAUCUGAUGAAAAGAUUGAAGAAAUGUUCUUAGAAUUGAUGAAUAAGAGAGAUUUGAAGAAUCUAUCGGAAUCGCACAGGAAGGCAAUACUAUCUAUCCCAAUCGAAAAAAAAUGGUUGCUAGUAAAAAAUGACUUGCUAGAGGAGAAAACUAGACCUAACUCAACCAAUAUUGUAAUAUCUUCUCAUGACAAGAACGCACCUGAAUGGUAUCUUAAAAGAAUCUUAGAUGGUACUAUCACUGUCAGAGAUAUGAACUCUCUAAGCGUUGCCUUAAGAACGCUACCUAUAAC